UGAGAUGCGAAUCAUGGUUACGCUAUGUGCUGGCAGGUGGUGUAGCUUGCUCGGUUAUUGUUGGUUAUGUUGAGUGUGGUUUGUUUGUUCCCGGAGGUGCAGAGGUCGGUUCGGUGGCCUAUGUUGGUGGUAACUUAAUAAGCAUGGAAAUUUUAGGAAGAAAAUGAAUGCUGAAACCAGAAACAUAUUUAGGACUAAGCGAGAAACGGGUGACCAUGGUGCACAUUCACGAGAACUGGAGGAAGAAAAUGUUUGCGUAGAAGGAGAAGGGAAAGUUAAAACAAAACUAUUGUCAAUGUGGAACAAUGUGAAAUACGGAUGGACAGUGAAAUUGAAAACCAACUUCUCCAAGGACUCACCAGUGUGGCUGCUAGGGAAAUGUUAUCAUCGGAAAAUGACAAUAGAAGCAUCAUCACAGUCAGAUGAGGGAAAUGAAGGAGAGGGAAUUGAAGGUUUCAAGACUGAUUUCAUCAGCCGUGUGUGGCUUACAUACAGAAGGGAAUUUCCUAAUCUUAAUGGUUCCAGCUUCACCACUGAUUGUGGUUGGGGUUGCAUGCUUCGCAGUGGACAGAUGCUCUUGGCUCAAGGGCUAGUUUGUCAUAUCUUAGGACGAGGCUGGAGAUGGUAUGAUCAGAAACUUACAACAGCUAGGCAAUAUAAUGAAGAUAAAUGUCAUCGAAAAAUUAUUAAGUGGUUUGGAGAUAAUCCGUCAUGCAACAGUCCAUUUUCAAUACACAUGUUAGUCACACUUGGUGAGGCAUCAGGGAAGAGGGUUGGUGAUUGGUAUGGACCAGGAUCUGUCUCCCAUUUACUCAGGCAAGCAGUAGAAUUGGCUACCAAGGAAAACAAAGAAUUUGAGCAUCUGUGUGUUUAUGUGGCUCAAGAUUGUGCAGUUUAUAUCCAAGACAUUGUGGACCUGUGUGAUAUUCCACAAACAAAACCACAAGCUCCAUCUCAGUCGUUACAUUCCACGUGUUCAUGGAGGGCUCUCAUUCUUCUAGUGCCUGUUAGGCUUGGUGUUGAAAAGUUAAACUCUGUUUAUGGGCCAUGUUUAACAGCUGUACUCACUUUGGAGAACUGCAUUGGAAUUAUUGGUGGUCGUCCAAAACAUUCACUUUAUUUUGUUGGUUUUCAAGAUGAUAAACUCAUCCACUUAGAUCCUCAUUACUGUCAAGAAGUGGUUGAUGUAUGGCAACCAAAUUUCCCUCUGUUGAGCUUUCACUGCAGAUCUCCACGGAAGAUGAAUCUUUCUAGACUAGACCCUUCAUGUUGCAUUGGGUUCUACUGUAGAACUCGAGAUGACUUCUACAAAUUUAUGAAGAAUGUAAAACAGUUUUUGGUGCCACCUCACGAGAAAGCAGAAUAUCCUAUGUUUGUGUUCUGUGAAGGACGAAGUAGCGAUGUGAUGGGAAUCAACAGAUUUACUAUCUCUGACGACACUCUCAGAUACGGUGCUGUGAACGUUGAAACUGAUGAUGAACUGGAAUAUGAAGAAUUUGAGAUACUUUGAAGGAGGGAUUGUUACGGAUUUCUGUGUAACUUUAAUUUAUAACCACCAGAAGCAUUUAUUUCAGUUACUGGAAUGAAAUAAGAAAUAAUGUUGCAGUAUUAAGUUCCAUUACAGUUUGUGACGUAACUUUAAACUGAAACAUGUCAGCGAUUGUACCAAAGGAACAUCCAGUUAUAAAAGUGUUGUGAUUUUUCUUGUUAUUACCAUCACACGCACAUUCAUCAAGUUUUUUGAGGAAGAAGCCUUUCACCAAGACUGAUCGUGUGGAAUGUGUCUUUCGAAUGGUUUAAAAUCUCAUAAGCUGUUCUGUAAAUACUCGUUUUAACUUAUUUUAGAAGCACCAAACCAUCGUGCAAAUUGUAACUGAUGCAAAGUGCGAAUUUUGUAGAACGUUACUAGGAUUUAAGAAAAUUCUCGUGAAUACGGUAAUGCACUGAUUAGAAUUAUAUUAGUGAACUUUCACUGGCACACUCAAGUAGAUGGUAAACUGCGUGAACGUCCUGUCUUUAUAUACCUUUUUGUUAAGUUUCCUGCAUUGAGGGCUUUUAUUUAUUGUCGCACAAUCCUUGUUAAAUUUACCGACAUGAGAGGCAUGUCAUGUAUGAAUGUAUAAAGAUUUCUGUCUUCUGGAUUGUUUCGCCCUGAUGACGGAAGCAGUAUGACCUCAGAAACGUGGUAAACAUCGACCAGACUACACAGCGCAACAACCCAGAAGACAGAAAUCUUCAUACUCACCGCUGCGAAAACCCCAAAUCUUACAUAUGAAUGUAUGAUUUACCUUUGUGGAAAAUGCGUGCUCUUUGUUCCGAUGUCUAUGGAAGACGCGUUGAAACGAGCGGAAAAUAUGAACAAGUAACGAGUGAUUUGUGAAUUAUUGCUCCUGCUGCAGUGAUUGCUACGACUGUUAUCCCGCAUUUGCAUUUGUGACUGGGCGUGUGAUUGCUGAGUGGAUAUUUAUGCUCUUUAGCAAAUUUUGUGAGAGUCUGAAAUAUCAUCGUUAUUUAAUUAACCAAAUUUUGUGAGAGUCUGAAAUAUCUUUUUUAUUUAAUUAACGCUGGACUUGACUUCUUUGAAAAUAAUGUAUGGUUAUGCCUAGUGUUGUUAAUUAUAUCAAAGAAUUUGAUGUAAUCUGCUAACCAAAGACACGAUUUCUGUGUUAUCUCAUGAGUGUCGGCAAUUUUAAAAAUGCAGUUUAGUGUGUCGUUACUUUAUUUACUAUAUUUAUCUCUUGAUCGUAGGUGGAGAAUAAAUAGUCUCUCAUUAAUAUAA